CGCAAGCACUGGUCCAUAUACUCCAGAAGUGAGGUGUCUGUUUCUGCCGUAGAUGGUAUCGAAUUUCUUUUACUGUCUAUGAACAAAUCGAGCAGAAAGUUUCAAACUGGUAACAUAUGAUUCAAAUUUGUGAUUAGAAUGAAUGGAACAGCAUAUUCAAACUUUGACAGUCAAGAACACGUCCUCAAACUAGGCGAAACCUUUGAAAAACAACCCAAAAGUGCAUUCCAUACGGUACGAUAUGAUUUCAAACCAGCCUCCAUAGAUACAACUUGUGAGGGGGAGCUGGAAGUUGGCAAAGGAGAGCAAGUUACAGUCACAUUACCGAACUUAGAGGGAUCCAUAACACCUGUUACCGUAUUUAAAGGUUCCAAAAGGCCUUACAUGAAAGAAUGUGUUCUCAUUGUAAACCAUGACACGGGAGAGUAUCGUCUAGAGAAGCUCAGCAGCAACAUUGCAGUCAAGAAGACCAGGGCUGAGGGAAGCAGUAAGAUUCAGUCACGGCUGGAGCAGCAAACCAGCAGGCUCAGUCAGCAGAUGAAGACCGGAAGUGGAAACAAGGCUCCGUCCAGCACCAAAAGCUCUCCUCCCAAGGAGAAAAUGUCCCCAUCAUCUCCCAUGGAUGAUAUAGAGCGAGAGCUGAUGGCCGAGGCGCGUGUCAUGGAUCAGAUGAGCAGUGGAGACAGCUCGUCAGAUUCCCACAGUUCCUCGUCCUCCAGCAGCGGGGAGAGCUCCAGCAGCAGCGACUCAGAGAAUGAGGAUCGCCCCACACAUAAUGUGGCCCCAGCUCCCCCACAGAGCACCUCUGCCCUCAACACAUCUCAAAGCCGUGUGGAGGAGAGCAGCGGGCUUUUAAUGAACACACUUAAAAAUGAUCUCCAGUUGAGUGAGUCUGAGAGUGAAAGUGAUGAUGACUAACCGCACUAAGACACGUGGGACACCUGAUGCUGAAAGAGGGUCAGGUGUUCAGGAAGUACUUUCUCUUGUUAAAACGUGUUUGUGAUACCUGAAUCCAAAUCCCUGUUCACUUCUCAGUUAUGAAAUAUUUUCUUUCCCCCAGAUUCUUAGUAAGGUUUGCUGUAUUAGUAAAUUAAGAAAAAGUAUUUAUUUUAUUUUGAGAAUGCUAUUGCAUAUAUGUUAGUUUUAUAGGAAUAUCAUAUAAUUGCUUCCUCAGAGGUUAUAGAAGUAUAUCUGUUUGUGGAAUAACUGUUUAGAAAGAUCAUCAUGGUCUUCAUAUAUAUAUAUCUGUGUGUGUGUGUAUUGAGGCUUAAGAUACACAAGCACAAGUGAUUCAGUAGCAUGUUAUAAGGAGUCUUAAAGAGCACCAGUGAAUUAAGGUGCAAUACUCAAUCUCAAAUAUUUACACAUUACCCAACCUGCAAUACUUGAAUUUGUCUCCCUUUUGAUGAUUCAGAGACAUUUGCUAAUAACAAACUGUGCCUUGAAUAUCAGGUGUAUUUGACUAUCCUUCCCAUUCUCUUGUGUUUAAGUGCACCCAUUUUUUUUAUUAUUUUUAUUUCCUAAAAAAUGAUAUCGAUUUAGAGGUAGAAGUCUCUGUUGUGUGUGUCUUACUGUACGCCUCUGGAAGGCCCAUAACCAACACUCACUCUUAAAGGAUGUCUUUAGCCAGCCCUUCUUGAGCACUAAUUUCAAAAUAUGACAUGUAAUGUAGCAGGGUUGACUGGUGUGGUAAAUGUAGUUAUAUGGGAGGUGUUUGAUCAUUAAGAUUGUGUGUAGAAUAAUAAAGAUUUAUUUUGUGACGUUUA